UUUUGGGGGUUUUUUUUAUUUUUUUUUUAAGAACUGCCCUUUCAGUUCCGCAGCCAAACGCUCUUGGUGCCGAGUGUUUAGAGUUUAAUGUGUGGCAAUGUGUAGCAAAGCGGUCCUAGCACUCCUGGUCUAUGGCAUAAUAAUGCACUGCAGCGUCUACUGCUCCCCUGCGGCUGGACUUCAGUACCCGGCGCUCAGGCUGGAGGACGAGGCGUACGACGAGGACGGGCACGCUCUGCAGGACCUCGCCUACGACCACGAGCCCCUCGGAAUAGCGAGCCCGCCCUCCAUGCUGGGCGAGAUGUACACCCUGUACUACCCGCCGGAGAAGAGGUGACUGGAAGGCGCGGCGGGCAGGGCUCAUAAAAAAAAUCUAGGAAAAAAAAAACACUAAAACAUCAAAAAAAAGAAAUCAUCCCCCCAACCCGACCCCAUCCGAACGGCCAAGCAGGGAGGCGGUGCCAGCAGCGGCCUGGGGGACGAGGCGGAGCCGCUCACCAAGCGGCACAUAGACGGCAUCUUCACGGACAGCUACAGCCGCUACCGGAAACAAAUGGCUGUCAAGAAAUACUUAGCAGCCGUCCUGGGGAAAAGGUAUAAACAAAGAGUUAAAAACAAAGGACGCCGAGUAGCGUAUUUGUAGCGAUGAGUAACCAGCCACUCCUGUGUAUACAAAGUCCUAAAAAAGAGAGAGAAAGAGAGAGAGCGAGAGAAAGAGAGAGAGAGAGAGAGAGAGACCCCCC